GCGGGGCCGCCACGUGAGAGCUGGAGCCGGGGGUGGGGGUGCCUGCAAGGUGCUGGAGGCGGAGAGCAAGCUGGGCUUCUACAUCCCCCCCAAACUCCUACCAAUCAGGUCAUGGGGAGCGCAGCAUCCUCUGUCGCCCCCUAACCCACCCCCAGGCGAACGUGGUUGGAACAAACAGCUGGCAGACUUGUGACCCGGCCCUCUGGAUCCGCGAAGCCCCCGCUGUCAGUCUUGGGCAGCGACCCAGGUGUCCAGGCGCAGGGAAGGGGACGGAACUAGGCUUUGCCCCCUCUGUGUGUCUCUGGUCUCUUGCCUCUCUUGCCGGGCGGUCUCUUGCCGGGCGCUGUCUGCAGACUCACUGCAGAGAGCAGGCCUUGGGGAGAAAGCGCUCAGGGGCCUGGGCCCUGCUUCUUGGGACAGCCCCCUCCCUUCCGCACCCAGCCAAGGGUGUUGGAUUAAUAUACUCUUAGAUCCAGGACCUCUGCCUGGAAAGAAGGAAGGGGCACCGAUCGCUUCUGAGUUGGGGACAGGGCCACACUUGGGCCUGGUGAGUUCCAGGAGGCUGGCCCCAGCCUAGGGGCCUCCUGCGCCCCUUCCCUAGCUCCUGGGCAGUGCCCCUCUUGCAUUUCCCUGCCACUCCCCAGAAAGGGCUGGUUUCUGGGCAGGGAGUGUGGUGUCCGGGACAGUCUGCAGGUAGGAUGCAUCCUGGAAACCUUUGAGCUGCCACACCCAGAGAGAGGCCAGGACUCCUCUUGGCAUUCCUUGCCCUCUCUUCCUCCCCUAGGACUCCCCACUCCCCACCUGCCUGUGCUGGUUAUGUAAUUAACCCAGCUGAGUCUCUCUGCCAUGCUGGUGGUGUCCAGGGAUGCCUAAGGGGCUUCGGACCCGGAGGGACAUAUAGGAAGGAGGGAUAGGUACUUCCCCCUAGUUGGGAGCCCAUGUAAGUGUAUAAACACCUGUUGGAGAAGGGACACUGCAUGGGGCAGGAAGGAGUUUAGGGUCCUAAUCUUAGUUAACAACUGACUGGCUAUGAGGUCUUCACUUCCCUAAGUCACUCGGUUUGUUUUGGAGUGUGUUUGUUUUUUAAAUCUUCAAUAAAAUGAGAAGAAUCUCUCACACACACACUGCAUGCAUGUGAGCUCAUGCAACAGUAGAUAGCAAGCCCUCCUGGGAUUGCUAGGAGGUGCCAUUGCUAAAUUUGUGGGGAACUCAGAUGAAUGAAGGACCCCUGCCCAUAGCAGUGAUCACUGUUUAUUGAACACCUAUGCUGGCCGAGGCCCUGGGCUUUACAUGCACACAUCAUAACACUCUGUUAAGUUUCUUGCCCAAGGUUACACUUCAGGUGAAUGGCAGAGCUAGGAAUCAAGCCCUAGUUGUUCUCACUCCACAUCCUGACCUUUAUUUUCUAUGCUGUGUGCGCACAUACCCUGUGGAGUGAGUCCUCUGAACCAGGACAACCUGGGGGACAUUCAGCUACGGAUUGUGCAUGUGUGGAAAGGACAUGCAUCCACAGAAAAGUACGCACCCAUGAGGAAAAGCAUGGCCUUGCCAGAAUCCAUCGAAUCCACCUGCCCUGGACCCAGUUAGCAAGUGCUGAUGUCACCCUCCUGGGAAUCCAGACAGGAGGUCUCAGGCAUGUAACAGCCUCUUUGGUCACUAUCACCAACAAAAGAAGAAAGGUUCCUUUUCCUGGCUAAGAGAUUUACGUGGAUUUUCUCAGAAAUAGGGGCUGUUUACCUCAUUGUACCUAUGUGCAGAAGCAUGGCUCCAGUUGAGAAGGUGAUUUGCCCACUGCCAUGCAGCAAGGACACACCAGAGCUGAGAGUUAUACCCAGGCCCUAAAGUCACUGAAACUGAGCAGGCAAGGAGCUAAUGAAUUCAUAUCAAGGCCAACCUCCAGCAGCCCUUUUCUGGGCACCUAAUAUGUGCCAGGCCCUCUGGGCUCUAGGGGAUGCCAGAGAAUGAGACCCAGACCUUGGCCUGUAUGCAUUCAUCGAUUAGAAACACUGAACUUGGCCGGGCGCGGUGGCUCGUGUCUGUAAUCCCAGCACUUUGGGAGGCCGAGGUAGGUAGAUCACCUGAGGUCAGGAGUUCGAGGCCAACAUGGAGAAACCCCAUCUCUACUAAAAAUACCAAAAUUAUCCAGGUAUGGUGGCAGAUGCCUGUAAUCCCAGCUACUUGGGAGGCUGAGGCAGGAAAAUGGCUUGAACCCGGGAGGUGAAGGCUGCAGUGAGCCGAGAUCAUGCCACUGUACUCCAGCCUGGGUGACAGAGUGAGACUCUGUCUGGAAAAAAAAAAAAAAAAAGAAUCACUGAACUUGAAAGUUGGAAGAAGUACUGCGACAUCAUAGAAAGGAGUAGCUGCCCUUCGGGUUGUGAUUGGACACGCUUCUUACUGCUUCUAAGCUUGUCUCUAAAGUGGGAAUAACAGUACCUAUCCCUCAGAGAUGUCGUACUGACCAAGGAUACCCAUAUGGGCAUGCCAGCAGAGUAAGUGCUCAGCAGUGUUGCACCCCAGAGGCAACGUGGUCAUCUAGUGCAGAAUUCUCAACUAGCAGCAUUUGGAAAUGGGGGGAGGGGGAGUUUUUGGUCAUCGUGGUGUCUGGAGGCUGCUGCUGGCAGCUACCUCUUGGGAGCCAUGGAAAGCAAAUGUCCUGCGAUGUGUGGGCAGUCCUGCACAAUCGAGUUCUCUCCCCACAAAACGUCAGGAGUGCCGGCACUGAGACACACCUGCCCAGUCCCAGCCACUCAGGAGGACACAGACUCAGAGGUGUUGCCGUCUUAUCCCAGGCUCUGUGGGGAAGCUGGGAUCAAACCAAGUCCAGUGCCCUUCCCACUCUGCUCUGCAGCCUGUUUUGGUUGGAGUUGGACCUGGAGAAAAGUCAGGUCAUAAGUCAAGAAAGAUUGGGUCCUACUACUGGAAUGCAGGGAAAAAUGGAGGAGGGAUGGAGAGGUUUUGGAUAGGUGGCCACCGGGGUUUUGGGAAAGGGAAGGCAUUCCAAGUGGCAGUAACAGCUUGAGCAAAGUCCCAAACGUGGAAAAGUGCAGGACAUGUCCAGGGAUAAGCUGGUGCACUAAGCCCACCUCUUGUCCCCACAGUCCAGGUGGAGGCCGCAGAGGGCCCAGGGCAAGCAGAGGCAGCAAUGGUUGGUCCUGACGGUGGCUGAGCCCCCAGCCCCUGGAAUAUGCAGCCCGGGGGAGCCCCAGACAGCGGCAAGGACGAGGUGGCGGAGUGGGGCGGGAGGCAUGGUCUCCACCUACCGGGUGGCCGUGCUGGGGGCGCGAGGUGUGGGCAAGAGUGCCAUCGUGCGCCAGUUCCUGUACAACGAGUUCAGCGAGGUCUGCGUGCCCACCACCGCCCGCCGCCUCUACCUGCCUGCUGUCGUCAUGAACGGCCACGUGCACGACCUCCAGAUCCUCGACUUUCCGCCCAUCAGCGCCUUCCCUGUCAAUACGCUCCAGGAGUGGGCAGACGCCUGCUGCAGGGGACUCCGGAGCGUCCAUGCCUACAUCCUGGUCUACGACAUCUGCUGCUUUGACAGCUUUGAGUACGUCAAGACCAUCCGCCAGCAGAUCCUGGAGACGAGGGUGAUCGGCACCUCAGAGACGCCCAUCAUCAUCGUGGGCAACAAGCGGGACCUGCAGCGUGGACGCGUGAUCCCGCGCUGGAACGUGUCGCACCUGGUGCGCAAGACGUGGAAGUGCGGCUACGUGGAAUGCUCGGCCAAGUACAACUGGCACAUCCUGCUGCUCUUUAGCGAGCUGCUCAAGAGCGUCGGCUGCGCCCGGUGCAAGCACGUGCACGCUGCCCUGCGCUUCCAGGGCGCGCUGCGCCGAAACCGCUGCGCCAUCAUGUGACACCUGCGCGCCCCGCGGGCUGCACCGGCACUGGCCGGGCGGAGGGUGGGGCUGUACUGCGGGGCUGGGGCGGGGAGCGGGCGGGAAAUGGAACUGUGACGGUCCCGGCCUGAGGCCCCUGCAGCCACGCAUCUCCCGGUGAGAAGCAAAGCGCGAGAGGGAGCCCCCAGUAACUGCUAAGCCCUGCCCCUUGCCCCCGUGGCUUCCUGGGACAGCCGUCUUCAGUGCUGUAUUUAGUGCAGUGCCCGGCCCGACCCGCGGGGGUGCCACAGCCUUUUGGGAUGGGGGUGAGCGUGCAAUGGAGGGUGGGGGUGGUGAGGUGCCGCCUUGGCCGGGCCCCCACCUGUCUUUUCCAGAAUGUGUCUGUCUUUGCCGGGUGUCUUCCUUUCCCAUGUCCGCCCACCCAAGCGUCUGUUGGUCCUUACCUGUCUCACCCACCCUCCAGUCCCCCCUAGCUCCGCUCACAGGGCUCUCAUUUCGUCCAUCCCCUUGUCGCAGAUCCUGGCAGCUUCUUUGUGAGGCCAGGCCUUCUGACUGUCAGCACCACCGGCACAGGGCAGAGAUGCGGGUGGCCCAAAGACCACCAUCAAGGGGUCCGGGGGCUGAGGUCCCAGAUCAGUGAGGGGAGAAGGUUGAGCUCUCCGGCUUCCAGGGAGACCUCCCCGCCCAGCAGCCCCCAGAGACACAACAACCUACCUUCCAGCCUUAACUCGAUGGUCCGUCCCUGCCAGGUGCCCCUCACUCUUCCUGACCCCAAAGCCAGAUCACCCCCUGGGUUAAAACUUUUUUUUUUUUUUUUUGGACAGAGUGUGGAAAGGGAAUCCCCCAAAGGAUAGUUUCUUUUCCAUGAUGCCAGGUUCCAGUCUUCUAUUACCUCCUGCAUACUGCAAUCUGGUCUGUCAGACUGGGGAAUGUUAGGUUCUGGGGUCUGGUCGUGGGCAGGAUGGUGCCCAGAAGGGGGUCAGGUUGUCCCAGUGAAGAUUCUGUUGCCCCGUCUCAACCCCAUCUGACUACCCCAGACUCUGCCUGCCUCAGAUCUCAGACUAUCCUGAUUAAUCUGGGGAAGAACAGAGCCAGGGAAAGAAUGGUGGGGACCCCUGUGCUUGGGGGAGACACACCUGCAUCUUCCCCCCGCCGGCCCCAGAUGGAGGCCCUCAGGAUCUGACACCCUCUUGUCCCAACACCAGUCAGCCCUAUGCCCUAACUCACUCCGCCCCAUUUUCUCCGGCUGCCUGGCCGGGUUUCUACCUCUCGUCACCGGAGCUGAUCACUGUCAGUUUUGUACCGAUUUAGAAAUAACAAUAAUAGUGAAGAUUCUAGGAAUGGCAUAAGGGAUUGAUGCGGGAAUUGGAGGGAGGGAGAAGUGGUGCCCUGUCCCCUGCCCCCUGACCAAAGAAAGCUGUCCUUGAGGCUGAGCCCUCAGCCCUGGCCUGGUGGGAGGACAGCAGGGUCCCUUGUUAUAAGACGGGCAGAGAGGACAACUCCACUUUGGCCAACUUAGCCAAGGCUGCAGCAUAUAGACUAGGAAAUCAGGUAGCCCAGAGUGGUGAUGGAGCGGAGUCUGGGGGAAGGGUCGUGGGUGGGGAAUUUAUCACCAACAUCCAUUGUAGGGGGAAUCUAUGAUUCUGCUUCCCCGGCUGAUUCCCACUCUGUCCACCAAGUGGGGGUAGCACAGCCCCACAGCAACCGCCUUGACCUUGGGCAGUCUAGUGUUCCUGCGUUCUAGUCCCUGCUGUGCUGCAGGACUUCGGGCAAGUGACCUGCCCUCUGUGAGCCUCCCUCUGACACAGAGGAGGUGGCUCCCCUUCCCCACACCUUAGAGUGGCUGGGAGGGUAACAAAGAGGGCCUGCCCCUUAGUCUCCUGCACCCCUGUCUCCUGGUUCACCAGAGGGAGGGGAUGAGGGAUGGCAGCAUCUCACAUGCCCCAUCACCCCCAACUCUGAGGCACCUGAGGUGGGGGGAGGGGGCCCAGGCCUCUGGCUGCUCCCCUGUGGGAGCCAUUGGAAUGUAUCCUCUGACAGGCCCCCUCCCGCCUCCACUUCAACCCAGGUCUUGGAUUUCAGGUCCCUCCACCCCCAUUCUGAGUCUCUGUCCUUCCCUUCCCACCCCCUCCCAGGGUUUCCCACCACAGGGUCUGGAAGUGUGUGUGACGCCCAUUGAGCUGUUAUCCGAAGUCAGAUUAAAAAUCAGGGAGUGUUUUCCCCUGUUUCUGUA